UAAAGGUCUUCCUUAUCGUAUAAUUAUAUAAGAGGAUGACGACGCCACGUUUUUCCCGGUUCAACGCGCUCACAAAUGUUCAUUUGAUUUGACCAACGACUAGCCUCAUGGAUUUGACGGAGCUGAAAACGGCGGUGGAGGAAGCGGAGCUCGUCGACGCCCACGCCCACAACAUCGUCGCCGCCGACUCCACCAUCCCCUUCAUCAGCUGCUUCUCCGAAGCCACUGGCGACGCCUUAUCCUACGCACCCCAUUCCCUCUCCUUCAAGAGGAAUUUGAAGGAUGUCGCCGAGCUCUACGGAUCGGAAAAAACCUUGCAUGGAGUAGAAGAAUACCGGAGACUCGCCGGAUUGCAGGCAAUCAGCUUGGCGUGCUUCAAAGCUGCAAGAAUCUCUGUCAUUCUCAUUGAUGAUGGGUUGAGGUUUGACAAGAAGCUCGACAUAGAUUGGCAUAAAAAUUUCACGCCGGUUGUUGGCCAGAUUUUGAGAAUUGAGUAUUUGGCUGAGGAAAUUCUCAAUGAAGAAUUGCCCAGUGGAUCGUCUUGGACACUGGAUUUGUUCACCGAAAAGUUUGUUGGAAAAUUGAAAUCAGUUGGCAAUAAGAUUUUUGGCUUGAAAAGUAUAGCUGCAUAUCGCUGUGGCCUGGAAAUUAAUACAAAUGUUACGUGGUGCCCUGUUCGCAUAUCAAAUAAAAGUUUUAUCGACUUUAUCUUCACUCGUAGUUUGGAGGUUGCUCUGCUUUUUGACUUGCCCAUGCAGAUACAUACGGGUUUUGGUGAUAAAGAUUUGGAUAUGCGGCUAUCCAAUCCUCUUCAUCUUCGGGAUGUUCUUGAGGACAAGAGAUUUUCUAAAUGCCGUAUAGUUCUUUUACAUGCAUCCUACCCAUUUUCAAAAGAAGCAUCAUACCUAGCCUCCAUUUAUCCCCAGGUGUACCUUGACUUUGGGUUGGCUGUUCCUAAGCUCAGUGUCCAUGGGAUGAUAUCUUCAGUCAAGGAACUUUUAGAGCUAGCUCCAAUUAAGAAGGUGAUGUUUAGCACUGACGGCUACGCAUUUCCUGAAACUUUCUACUUAGGUGCAAAAAAAGCACGUGAAGUUGUUUUCUCUGUCCUACGGGAUGCUUGCGCUGACGGCGAUCUCUCAGUCCCUGAAGCUGUUGAGGCUGCUAAAGACAUAUUUUCACAAAAUGCGAUUCAGUUUUACAAGAUUAAUUAUACUGUAAAAUCUUCUGGUUCAAAUAAUUAUGUAUCACCGGACUUCGUGAAGGUGAACAGUAAUGACUCAGAAAAUGAUGUCUCACUUGUUCGUGUUAUCUGGAGUGAUACUUCAGGACAACAGAGAUGCCGUGUUGUUCCCAAAAAGCGAUUCAAUGAUGUUGUUAUAAAAAAUGGUAUUGGUCUGACUUUUGCUUCUAUGGGAAUGACUUCAUUCGUUGAUGGUCCGGCUGAUGAGACUAAUUUGACUGGAGUGGGUGAGAUCAGACUCAUGCCUGAUUUAUCGACUAAACGGAAAAUUCCAUGGGUAGAACAAGAGGAGAUGGUUUUGGCCGAUAUGCAUCUAAAACCGGGUGAAGCAUGGGAAUACUGCCCAAGAGAAGCCUUACGUAGGGUUUCAAAAAUUUUGAAAGAUGAUUUUAACUUGGAUAUGAAUGCAGGAUUUGAGAAUGAGUUUUUUCUCUUGAAAGGUAUACUAAGGGAUGGGAGGGAGGAAUUGACCAUUGACUCAACACCCUACUGCUCUACAUCGGCAUAUGAUUCUGCUUCGUAUUUAUUUCACGAAAUUGUUCCUGCUCUUCAUUCAUUGAAUAUUACCGUGGAGCAGUUACAUGCAGAAGCUGGGAAAGGUCAAUUUGAGAUGGUACUUGGGCACACAGCUUGUAUGCACGCUGCUGACAACCUGAUUUAUACUCGUGAAGUUAUUAGAGCCAUUGCAAGGAAACGUGGAUUGUUGGCAACUUUCAUGCCUAAGUAUGCUCUUGAUGACAUUGGCUCUGGCGCGCAUGUACAUCUUAGUUUGUGGCAGAAUGGCACAAAUGUGUUUACAGCAUCUGGUGGUUCCUCUCGGCAUGGAAUGUCAAAGAUUGGGGAAGAAUUCCUGGCAGGGGUUUUACACCAUCUUCCUGCAAUUUUGGCAUUUAUAGCACCGAUUCCAAAUAGUUAUGACCGAAUUCAACCUAAUACAUGGAGUGGAGCAUACAAGUGUUGGGGAAAAGAAAACAAAGAAGCUCCGUUAAGAACUGCAUGCCCACCUGGAAUACAAGCUGGUUUGGUGAGCAACUUUGAGGUUAAAUCAUUUGAUGGAUGUGCAAAUCCACACUUAGGCUUGGCUGCAAUACUUGCUGCUGGUAUUGAUGGUCUUAGGAAUCAUCUUCAUCUCCCUGAACCUGUUGAUACAAAUCCUUCUGGCCUUGGUGCAGAAGUAGAAAGGUUGCCGAAAUCACUUUCUGAAUCUUUAGAAGCUCUCAAGGAAGACAAUUUGUUCGCAGAUUUACUUGGGGAAAACCUAUUGGUUGCGAUAAAAGGGGUCCGCAAGGCAGAGAUUGACUACUACUCGAAGAACAAAGAUGCAUACAAGCAACUUAUAUACCGCUAUUGAGUUAAUUAGCUUAUUGUCUUGUGACUAUUCCUGGUUUAGUCAAGCUCUGAUCCUGUACUUUCUUAAGCUCCUCUACCGAACGUAAACGAGUUUGGAAAUAAUGUAAGCACUAAGCAUAAGUGAUGCUAUACAAACUUAAAACUAUAUUUUCUACCGAACGUAAACAUGUAUGGAUUAAUGUAGAAUAUUUUAUAUGGUCAA